CUUUUUACUUUAGGCGUCUCCAUUUUAGACAAACUUUUACAACUUCAUAAUAACUAUCAAACAUUAUAUGGCGCUUUGGAAUACUUGAUUUUGAAAGGUCAUUUACUGCAUUCUGUUUCUGUGGUCAGGUAUUUAUGUGUAAUGUCCACUAAACUGUCAGUUUCUCACUAAAGAACCAAUUUCCCUAUAUGUUUGUACUAGCAUCAUGUAUCUCGUAUUACUGUGUGGUCUCUAUCUUCUCACGUGGUAAAAUAAGUCCAGCUAAAAUCAAUAUUUCAUACUGCUUUAUCACAUUUCUUUUUAUUUAUUUAUUUAUUUGGCAAGUAGCCAUGCAAUAAGUGCGAGGAUGUACAGUCAUCCUGUCAUUAUCACAAUACAAACCCCCCCUUUUAAACACAUUUUACAAAAAUAAGACACCCCUCUUGUAUGCCCAGGUCUAUUGUGAUUCAAUUCUGUAUUUUUAUGUCAUGUAAGUGAAUGAAUGAUUCACAAGUUCAACUGCUUGUAAACAUACUCACAUUAUGGCUGGCUCAUCAUUGUGCAUUAUUGCUAGAGAGAUGGAGAGAGAAGAGGGAGUGUCUGUGUCUAGAGAUCAGACUCUUUCGGUACUCCAUGAGGAGUAUAAUGUCCGAGGAGGACCAUGACACACUAGUCCGUGGAGACCAAAGCCGCAGGAGGUUUCCAUACGGUUGAUGUUGUUGUGGAGGAAUUUCUAACAUAGUGACUUUAAUCUGCUUUUAUUUUAAAAGGAUAUCAUUUGAAAGGAUCCGUAGUGCAGGCAUGACUGUACGGUUUGCAUUUGUGGUUUGUUUACAGCUUAGUGCAUCAGUGAUUACCUGCGAGUCUACUGGAAUUCAGAAUUGUUCCGGGAAUGGAGUCUUUAAGAACUUGUUGCAGCAAAGUAGUUUGAAGAAACAUUGAUCAAACCAGAUGAGUUGCUUUUCCUAAAAUCGUUCAAUUGGCAUCUAGCAUGACCUCUUGACCUCUGUUCAUUUUCUUAAAGGAAUCGCAUAGCUAAUCGCAGUUGCAAUGGUUAUUCAGGGCAUGGAGCUGUUUGCAGUUGCUGUAGUGCUGCUUAUGUUUAUAAUGGUGCUCAAACAGUUCGGGGCCACGGAUCCACUGCUGGAUGACACCGUUGAAAGUGAUCUGGAGUUGUCCAUGGUCCGACAUCAGCCAGAGGGCCUGGAGCAGCUCCAGGCUCAGACCAAGUUCACUAGGAAGGAGCUGCAGUCGCUUUACAGAGGCUUCAAAAACGAGUGUCCCAGCGGAUUGGUGGAUGAGGAGACGUUUAAAUCGAUCUAUUCCCAGUUCUUCCCUCAAGGAGAUGCCACCACAUAUGCACAUUUCCUCUUCAAUGCUUUUGACAUGGACCGAAACGGCUCUAUACGUUUUGAGGACUUUGUAAUCGGCCUGUCUGUUCUGCUUCGAGGUUCUGUGACAGAGAAACUGAGGUGGGCCUUUAACCUCUAUGACAUUAAUAAAGACGGCUACAUCACCAGAGAGGAAAUGCAGGCUAUCAUGAAGUCCAUCUAUGACAUGAUGGGCAGGCACACCUCUCCUAGUGUCAAAGAUGAUGCUGCAUUUGAACACGUGGAGAAAUUCUUCCAGAAAAUGGACCGGAACAGAGACGGAGUUGUAACCAUUGAUGAGUUCAUAGAGACCUGUCAGAAGGACGAGAACAUUAUGAGCUCCAUGCAGCUGUUUGAGAAUGUCAUCUAGAGCGCAGCAUGAAGUGCAGAAUGAUCCUUGCUCUUUUUCCAGCAUUGCUCCAUUAGUCCUCAAGCGCUCCACGGGGACUCUCUAGAAACACUUCUGUUUUGCACCUAGGCCCUGUAGCAUGUGAAUGAACAUUUUGACUGAUUGUAUUGAAUGCUAUCACAGGAUGUGGGCCGCCUGCGAGUGUGCCAUUACUGUAUGUCUCAAUU